CGAUGUGCGCACGCGUAAUGUGAAAUGCACUUCCUUCAACACGGAAGUGUUGUCAGAUGAAAAAAAGUUGGUAUGACUUGUGAUUUUCUUGCGAUUUAGCAACUUUUUAAUAUAUUACAAUAUGCAGUAAUUGACAAUUAUAAUGUGAAAAAUGUGUUAAUUUCUUUAAAAUAACAUAACAUGAAAAAAACAAAUUAAAGCAUAAUGUCGCGUAAAAUGGACGAAGACAUGGAAAUUUUGGAUGACACGGGGGAAAGUUUAAACCUGGAUUCGAGGUUAACAUCUAUCCCAUUAGAUGCUUUGAGAAAAAGCGCGAGAUCGAAGAUCGCACUGUAUUUAGACGAUCAAAGUGAUAUCAUUGACGAAGAAUGUGGUUAUGUCACCGAUUGGAAUGGUCUUGCAGAGUUGAUUGGAUUCACUGCAUUGGAAAUGAGAAAGUUUAGUAGACAAAAAAGUCCAACUCAGGAUCUGUUGGUAGACUGGGAAAGUACGCCAGCUUUAAAUCCUACACUUGGAAAUUUGUGGAAGUAUUUAAUCGAACUAGGCCGUCUUGAUGUCUUACAAGACUGCAGAAGCAUUGUCAUAAAAGAUGCAGAGAACUACAUUUUAAUGAGAGAAAGAUUAGCCAAUGAUUAUCUACCAGUGCAAGAAAAUCAAGUAUCACAAAGUUCAGCCCCUGACCAUUAUGUGGAUGAAACACGAAUGCUGGUCACUGGAGACAUUGAUGGCAGUAUAACAUUGUUUGACGCUUUUGUAUGCUACAAUGCAGAUUCCACUGGGAAGGAUAUUAUUUUUGUGAAAGACAUGAUUAAAAAGCUUGAAAAGGAAUAUGAUCUGAAACUGUGUGUCCCUGGCAGAGAUGAUCUACCUGGAGGUUCCAGAUAUGUAACAGAUGCUAAACUUAUAGAAUCAAGAUGUAAAAGAAUGAUAAUAGUUUUAUCACAUGAAUAUCUACAUAGCUCUGCCUGUGAUUUCCAAGUCAAGUUUGCUCAUGCUUUAGCACCAGGUGCAAGAAGUAAGAAGCUUAUUCCUGUCCUCAUAGAACCUUCAGUGCCCAUUCCACAAAUUCUUAGACAUGUAACAUUGUGUGACUAUACCAAAAAUGAUUUGAUGGAAUGGUUCUGGGACAGACUAGCUAAGUCAGUGAAGGCACCAUUAGACCCUGAACCUUCUCGUAUGGGCUCAAGUAUAGAGUCAUCUUCACCGAUGUCGAUACCUUCUUCAUCUUCCCUGCAGUCACAAGCCUCACUUUCACCAUCACAAUCUCUCUCUUCUAUUGAAAAUUACCGUCUUUCAAAUGACUCAAUAAAGAAUGCACAGCGUCAGCUGUCGGAGUCAGCUUCAAUGUCAAGUAAUGACUCUGGAUUUCACUCUUCGUCAUUCCAGUCUCAUGGGGCCUCGUCGCUUCAAUCAAAUCAAAGUAGCUUCAGUAAUGAAUAUACAUCAUUAUCUACAGAGAGUUUUCCAACUUCAUCAAGCAAGGCACGAGAAAAGAAGAAGGGUACCAACAUAUUUGGACAAAUAAAAGCAAAAGUAUCUGGGAAGAAGUACAAUAAUCAUACAAGUAGUCAAGCUUGAUUAAUUGUUAGAGUGUACCACAAUAAAUGUGUUAUGAUACAGUUUGUACCACAAUAGAUGUGUUAUGAUACAGUUUGUAUCACAAUAGAUGUGUUAUGAUACAGUUUGUUGAAAUUCGAAAGAUUAAACAUUGUAACAAACUUAAAAUUGAUUUAUUUAUGAUAUAAUAUAUGUACUUUCAAGUUAUGCAUGGUCAGCUUUUAAAAUGUUUUGUUAAUUGUAUGUAAAGGCAAUUAGUAUAUUUAAUUGAUACUAGCCACGGUGAAUUUUAAGUGCUAGGACAGACCACUAGUUGUGACUGUCACAAAAUAGAAGUUCCAUCACAAUAAUACUUCCAACAAGAAGAUAUAUUCUGAAAUGUUAUUUCCACUGGAAAAUAUAUCACAGUAUUUGUUUCUAUCAGAAUUAGAGUAUAGAAUAUUUGUUUUAACAAGAACAGAUAUUAUAGCAUUGUUUAUAACAAAGUGUCCAGAGGAACUUCUCUUAUAAGGAACAAAUAUAUCUAAACCAGACUACUAACUCAGACAUAAAAAAGGAAUAAUAAAGUUAUCGUUCCUAUAAUCUAUAUUUUUUAACCUGAGGAAAAACUUAACAAGCUUAAUAUAUUGACUUGUAUCAAGUAAGAUAUAGAAAAUAUAUACAAUAAGCAUGGAAUACUUGUUAUUUCUUAUUCUCUUGUCAGAUUCAACUUGAUGGCAUAGAAGAUUCAGUAUUGAGAACUUUUUAGUUGUUGUGUAAUGAGGAACUCCUGAUUUCGAAUUAGUUUAGUAAGUUAAUGUGUAAAGAAUUUUUCCUCCUGUAUUAAUUAUUACUUCCCAAGGUUGGAAGGAAGUAAAGAUAUGUUUCACUUGUAUGUAAAUUUUUGAUAACAGUUGAAAUAUUUUUUCUGCCAGUUCAAUUGUUAUUUAGAAAUGUAUUCAUUUAUAUCAUAGUUGUGUACAAUGUUAUUUUGCGUUGAGAUCAGUAUAAAAAUGUUAACAUGACAGUAAACUUAUAACUGUAUUAAAAAUAAUGUUAUAGUUUAUAUGUUAGCUUUUUCCUAGGUUUCUGUCAAUAUUUUUAAAUUUUCUUCAGUGCCUUUAACAAAAACACUAAUUUUUAUUAUGGAUUUUGAUUGGCUGCUUAUUUUUAUUAUGAUCACUGCUUUAAGGUUCCUAUUGUUUGUUUACUUUUCCAUAACAUUAAGUUUUGCUAUGAGCAUUAUCAUGAAUAUCAAAACACUUCAGGGUUCACUUUUGCCAGAUUUUCAAUCCUUUUAUCGUAACAAACCAUAUGCAUGUGCAAAAAACAAGAUUUUAUCUCUACAUACAUCACAGUGUGAAACACAAAGACGAGGUUGCUAUCUUCAUAAAGGGCUGUUCCAACUUUUAUCAUGGCGGGGAAAAGGAGGCACACAAAUUAUCUAAUUGUUGAUGAAUGCAUUUUCCUUAGAAUUUUAUAAGAAUUAUAAGUAAAAUUAAAUUUUAUAUUAUGGUUGGGGUCUAAAAAUAAUACUCCCAAUGCAUGUAAUUCAGGAACAGCACAUACCAUAUAACUUAAUUAUUAAUCUUUUGAAUGAUUGAACAUCUAAAAAUAUUUAUAUGCAUUAUCGUAUGUUUUUUCUCUAUUUUGCCACUCUUAUGUAAUUAUACAUGUAUAUAUAAAUGGCGAAAGCAUGUUAAUUAAUGAUUUUUUAAAACACCAUCGCGGAAAUAAAGAAUCAGAAAUAUUGUGUAUUUUGGCAUAUCAGUUAAAUAGGGCAAUUAAUGCAAAGUGCAUAAAGGUAAAUUGUACAUUAUAUUUAUUUGUCUCAUUUCAUAAUGUUAUGUUAUGUUUUUUUACAUCCUGUUAAGUAUUGCAAAUUUAUGAAAAUUUGUGGAUAUUUAGUAAUUUUUAGAUUAUAUUCAUUUCAGAAUUUUCUCAGUUUCAUCAUUUGCAUCUGUCAUUUUUGAAAAUCUGCACUAAAUAUUAAUAAUUUAGUAUUUAAACAGUGAUUUCACUCUUUUCAAAGAAAAAGUGUAUUACAUUUUUGAUCAAAUUUGUUAAUUUGGUUUUUGAUGUUUUAAAAGAAAAUUAGUUUGAGAAAAAACAACACAUGUUGUCAUUUUGGAUAAAAUAAAUUAUCUUUUCUUUUAUUAUGAUUAUGACCCAGAAAAUUUUCAAAGUUAUUAUUUCAGCGAUCACAUUAUAUUAAUGUCUUAUUGGAACAUUUAUAUACCAAGCAUUAGAUAGGGUAUUCAAUUAAGAGGGUGCUACUGUCCAGACUGAAUAUAUACAUCAGAAAUAUGUUAUAGUAAAUUGUGAUAUGGUCCUGAGAGUCCUAUAGUACAGUGCCUGUUAGAACUAUUUUUAGUUGUAUAAGGAUGAAAAAACAGUGACACUAGCAGGCAAUUGCAAAUCAGUAAGGUUAAUUGAUUAAAUGUGGCUUGCUUAACAUUCAGUGGCAUGUAGUAGGCUAACAAAAAUAAGUUGUUAUGAAAAUUAAUUUUUGGGUGGUUUAUAUGGUUGGCAAAACAAACAAAAAAAGUUUUUUGGUUGAUCUAAUAUUUGCUUUAUUGAUAUCAUUAUUAGAAUAUAGCCUGUGCUCUAAAAAUUAAAGUUUUUAAACACCGUACAAUUUCAUGUCCUGUUAUUCAUGUGUCAGUUUAGUAAGUGGUUGUGAAAAAAUUCAGCUCACUGCAUCAAUAUUUUAUAUAAGAAUUCUGUAGCAAUUAGAUAUUUAAAAAAUCAUUAUCAUAUGAUGUAAAUUUUGAAUGUUUGUGUCAUUCGAUUUAUUAUUCAUAGCUAUCAUGUUUUGUUUAUAUAAUUACUUCCUCCUUCAUAAAAAAACAUGUAUAUAUUUAUAUUUUCUAUAAUUCUCAGGAGUGGGUCAAGUAGAUCUGGUGACUGCUAGAAGUAGGCCAUGUGUUGAUGAAUGUUAACAUGAUGGUAUACAUCUGAUCAUAUUUGGUAAACCUCGUAUUUUAAUGUUUUAAAAUAAUUUUUUUUAAUGAAUUUUCAAUUCACAGUACUAAUUCAUAUUUUGAACUUGCAGAUUAAGAAAGGAGCAAAUUUUAAGCACAACAUUUGAAUUGGUAAUAUGAAGCACUCUUUGAAACAUCCUUCAUUUUUAACUAACCACACAAUACAUUAUUGUUUAGGUAGUCAUGUCUAAACCGGACUGACUUUAAAAGUCCCUUUUUACCCUUGCACAUUAAAAAUCUGGCUCAGCAUGUCGGUUUAGUACAAAGCAGGGUUAAUAUUCACAUUACAUUAACAUGUUCUCGUCCUGAAUAUGUAUUUAAUUUGCCGCUGGUUGUUAAACAGCCAUUCAUCAUCAUCAUUAUAUCUAUUCCUAGACUAGGCCCUUAGUCCCUUCAUGCAUACAUCAAUAUAUUUUGAACCUCUAUUGCACAUUAACCAAGUCAGCAGUGUAUUUAGAUAUUUGAAUGAAGUGUCCAUAGUAUACAUCAUUGUCAGGAUGCUUCCAAUAUCUUUUUUUUUUUUAGCAUUUUGUUAUUUAACAGGCAUUAUGAAACAAUUGUUUUUAAUAACUUAUUGCAGCUGACUGGGCGUCAUUUAAAAGGAAGCUAACUCCUGGACAGGUCAAAAUAAUUGAAAUAGCUGCACUUCAGUUUUUUAUACAUGUAAUAUGCAUAUCUAAAGUUUUCAUUGACACUCUUCUGAUAUUAAAUGUUGAUAGCUAAUAUUCGUCAUACAAAAAAAAAUUCAUGGAAGCUUAAAAAUAUAGCAAAUAAAGGAAAUUCCCUAUAAUUUUUUUUUAUAUACAGUGAAACAUAAAACACAGGAAAUAUUAAUUUGUUAGACUUUUUAUUGUUUAUAUUCCAUCAGUACAUUUUGAAAAUUAAAACAUACAUUUUUAAAUAUAAUUUUUUAUAGGAGUGCAAAAUUUAUUAAUUAUUUAUUAGUCCCUGAGAUAAUUGUUUUAAUGAAACAAAAAUUAAGAAUCAUAUUAUCAAAUUUUAAAAAACUUAGCCUAAAAAAUGUCUUUUUCAUUAAUGAGAAACUUACGAUGCAGCAAAAGGAGCAUGAGGUAAUUUCAAUAUGAGGAUACAGAUAACAUCUCCAUCUUACUUCAAAUAUAUUUAUAAAAAAAUUAAUAACCAGAGAAGGUCAUAGGCUUGAAUGAAUUUUUUUUUGCUCAAUAAACCUUCCCCAUUAAAAAAAAAUUUGUUUGAUGCAGCUAAUAUUGAGAAUAAAAAUUUUGAAAAUGUAUCAUUAUAAAAAAAUGAAAAGAUGUGGUAUGAUUGCCAAUUAGACAACUCUCCACCAGAGACCAAAUGACCUAGAUGUUAACAACUAUUGGUCACCGUCUGGCCUUCAAGUCUUUUUCUCCCAGGCUCAGCGGAAUCCUUGACUGGUCAUGUAUAAGUUAUGUGCUGUGUUUUUUAAUGCUUUCUAAAAAGAUAUAUUAGUAUAUUUAGUUUAUCAGAAUAUGUAAACAUUAUCUACAUAGCUGAAGUUUCAAGUAUUGAAUAAGUAUAACAAACGACUAUCCCAAGUAGACUAUGAUGAGAUUUAAGAUAUAACAAUUGUCCACUAAAAACUUUUAACCCUUUGUUGAAAGGAAAUAAAUGCUUCAUGCAUUUUACAUUUCAAUGUUUUUUCUCAAUGAUCCUAAUUGAGUUGAUGAUAUUUUUAAUUGUUGACCCAUGUCUACUUAAAUAAUUUGUACAUAGGAAGGAAAUAGUUGGUACAUUUUUAAAAGGUCAUCAAGUAAUAAAACCAUGCUUUAAUUGUUUAGAUUUGUAAUAAGUACUUUGUUAGAUUUGGUUGUUAAGUUUUGUCAUUUUAAAUUGCUGACUUUGAAAUACUGAAUGCAUUAAAGACAUUACACAAUA